AUGGUAAUUUCACACCGUAAAGCGAAUAAAGAGCUUCAAGGAUCUAAGUAUGCUUGGUUAAAAAUACUUCAAAUAUUCCAAACUUUGACAUAUUUUAUGAGGUUCACAAUCAGCGAGUCAAGAAUUGAAAGCUUAGAAAAAGAAGGUCAACUAGACGAGAAAAGGAAAAUUGAAAGCCACAAAAAUGAAAAUUUGAAGGAAGAACGAAAAAAGUUGAAAACUUUUUUUGUGGAUUUUUAA